GAUAGGCAGAGCGGGGAUUGUGUUGUGUGUGUGUGUGUGUGCACAUUGUUGUGUCUCAUUGAAGACCAUGUGUUGGCCGGCAUUAGUCCCAAACCUCAACAAGACUCUUUGAUUGGCAAGUUUCCAUUUGUUGUGGUUAUUUUACAGCUAUUCAACUAAAAAAUGGAGGUAAUUCCCGAUCAGUUCAUGGAGUUCCACCCAAUCCAUGGUGUCAACGUGAGGCUGGACCCCUCGGGAACACGGGCUACUCGUGUGGACAGCUUUGCUAAUGGAGUGUGCUUCAGCAAACACCCUCUGAAGCCCGGGGAGAUUUUUCUCAUAGAGAUCGAGGAUAAGGAGCUGGGUUGGUGUGGCCACCUACGAGUCGGCCUUACUUCCAGGGACCCUGGAAACUUAGACGUGGUGCCUGAAUACUCCAUCCCCGACAUGACGGACUCAGGGGACAGCUGGGUGUUCGCCAUCACUCGCAACCACAACAAGGUGAUAGAAGAUCCUGUAGAUGGAGGUCCGGAGGCUGGAGGUCAAAGGCUCGGACGCGGAGAGCCUGAAGAAGAACGGGCUGAAGGAUAUCACAACCUGAAACCACAGACCUUCUUCACGGACUCUCACUUGUACAUUGACAAUAUUCGCAUCCCUAGAGACAAGCUGGUGGGGAGGAGCAGGCCCGGACGCUACAGCCACAUUUUAGACGACUUGUAUAAGACCAACGCGCUGCCCCCGACAGCCAGACGCAGCCGGAUAGGAGUGUUGUACGUGCAGAGAGGGCAAGGCCUGGCUGACAUGCACAUAGUGAUCAAUGGGGAGGAUAUGGGGGCUUCUGCAAAGGGGAUCCCCUCCAUACAGCCGCUCCACGCUGUGGUGGACGUGUUUGCUGCUACCAAGUGUGUCCGAAUCGUCCAGGUGGAGUAUGGAUUCUCAUCCUUGCAGACGUUGUGCAGGAAGGCCAUCCAGAAGCACAUCGUCCACCGGAUGGCCAUCGACUGGCUGGAGCUGCCCGAGGCAAUGAAGCACUACUGCAAGUAUGAAUGAAGGAGACACACCUGCAAUGGACAAAAAUAUCACCUCAGAGAGCUUUCACACUUUCUACCUAGAAAAUAAUAUUUAUUUUUAUGAUGGAAGUCUGUGUUUUAUCUAUAAAACAAAGCCAGAAGUGUCAUGUUUAUA